AUGCCAGACAAGAAGUGGUACGUUGUGGCGGACGACGAUACCUAUCUUGUGCAGCCAUCGGUGCAGCGUGUGCUCGAGCACUUGGACCCGACCGUGCCUUACUACGUCGGAAACGCGGUAGGAGACUACAAAGCCCGUUUCGCGCACGGAGGAUCAUCCCUGAUCCUUUCUCAAGCGACCAUGCGCACCCUCUUCGCCAAUCCCGCCGCCGUGUGGGCCGCGCAUAUGGAGGCGCUCGAAGAAAAAUGGGGCGACAAGCUUGUCGCUACAGUGUUGAUCAAGAUUGGAAUCUACCUCGACGAACGGCAUUCCAUUUUCUUCAACGGAGAGCAACCCCCUGUCACGAAAAUCUCGGCGGAGCGAUUCUGCGCCCCGAUUGCCUCCUUCCACGGAUUGGCAGCUGGAUCGGACAUGCUCAGCGUUGGAGAGACGUUUCAACGCUUCGCCGAGCCCGUUCUGUGGAUUGACCUAUGGGAUCUGUAUCGUGCGCCGUCCUUCAAUUCGCCCGUUCUGGUGACCGGACAUGCAAAUUGGGAUUACGUGGGACGCUUGGAUGGGCACACGAUCAGCAUCAGCGAUGUGAUCUCGGCCGGCAACUGCCGCCGGAUCUGCCAAGGUCGCUCAAGCUUCUGUCUGGCUUGGACGUGGGAUUCACGGCAGCAGGCCUGUCAUCUGAGUCCGUGGAUGAUCGUAGGCGAGAUGGCCCAGGGCAGAACCUCGGGGAUCAACGUGCCUCGCGCCAAAAGCCUUGCUGCGGAGUGUCGCUGA